AUGGAUUUCAUCCGAAAACAACGUGCAAAUCCUGCUCAUAAUCCGGAUACUGUACAUUGCCUUUGUGGGGCCGAUGCUGAUCUCAUCAUGUUGGGCUUAGCGACCCAUGAGGCUAACUUCAAUAUUAUACGGCAAGGUUCCUUGCAUCUCUGGUGGGCCAAGUACGGACAUGAGCUAAAAGAGUGCUUGAAAAUGAGGAAAAAAGGUCCCGAACACGCCGAUCCUAUUUCAAAAGAGAAGAACUUCAUCUUUUUGCGUAUACCCGUUUUGCGAGAAUACCUGGAGAGGGAAAUGGCCAUGGAAAAUCUUCCCUUCAAGUACGACUUCGAACGCGUGAUCGAUGAUUGGGUUUUCCUAUGCUUUUUCGUCGGUAAUGACUUCUUGCCUCACCUCCCUUCGUUAGAAAUUCGAGAAGGUGCCAUAGAUCGCUUGAUCAAAUUGUAUAAGGAUAUGGUGUAUACGAUGAAAGGGUAUUUGACCAAAGACGGGAAUGUUUAUAUGGACAGAGUGGAGCGGAUUAUGCUCGGUCUAGGAGAAGUAGAAGACGAGAUUUUCAAGCGUCGUCAGCAAGAUGAAGAACGGUUCAAAGCAAUCCAAAAGGCGAAAAAAGCGCGUCUCAGUGGAGGACGUCCGCAGGCGCCAUCUUAUGUGCCAAGGGCUGGGUCAUUAAUCGCACCUCUAGCGAAGGCAACACCGUUGAGUGGAGAGACUACCCGUGUUCUCGCUGCUAACGAUCGAAAAGAGGCUAUGCAGUUUGCUGAGAAGGAGGAAGCUGCUCGACGCAUGAAGCUGAUGCUCAAAGAAGAAGGGACCAAUUCCAAAAACAAUCAAGAUAGUAGGAAAAGGCCAGCAGAGGCUCCGUUGGACCUUUCUGACGAGGAGCCCAAAGACGAUAUACGGUUGUUCGAGGCUGGUUGGAAAGAUCGCUAUUAUCGAGCAAAGUUCGACGUGGGAGCUGACGAUGUCGAGUUUAGACGGAAAGUGGCAUGGGCAUAUGUCGAAGGUCUCUGCUGGGUGCUCAAGUACUACUACCAGGGCUGUGUUAGCUGGGACUGGUACUUCCCAUAUCACUAUGCGCCGUUUGCAAGCGAUUUUGAUACAGUUUCACAGUUCAAGCCUGAUUUCUCUCGUCCUACAAAGCCGUUCAAGCCAUUGGAGCAGCUGAUGAGUGUGUUCCCCGCUGCUAGCAAACAACAUCUUCCUCUGCAUUGGCAAAAAUUAAUGACGGACGAAGAUUCACCUAUUAUUGACUUAUAUCCGAUAGAUUUCCGUAUUGAUCUCAAUGGAAAGAAGUUUGCCUGGCAAGGAGUGGCGCUGUUGCCUUUCGUCGAUGAAGUCCGACUACUUAGAACCUUAGAAACAGUCAAUGGAGCAAUGAUGGUGAUUUAUGAAGAUCCUCAAUAUCCUGAAGGGUUUAUUUUCCCUGCAAAGCGGUUGGAGAAUGCGAAAGAGAUUCCUCGUGUUCUUCGCGAUUUCAACGACCGAAGGGUGCAAGAUACGUUGACGGAGGAUGAGAAAGCUCGUAACACUACUGGUCCUAACAGAAUAUUUAUCGGCAGGAAUAUCGCGGCUUUGAGUUUCUCAAGGAGCUGUCUACCUAACAUAAUCGGAGUCAAUGGAGCAAUGAUGGUGAUUUAUGAAGAUCCUCAAUAUCCUGAAGGGUUUAUUUUCCCUGCAAAGCGGUUGGAGAAUGCGAAAGAGAUUCCUCGUGUUCUUCGCGAUUUCAACGACCGAAGGGGUGGUUCUGAUUAUCGUCCACAAAUAGGAUUCACUAGAGACGUGCCAGGUAGAGCAAGUCUUGAUAGUUCUGGUCAUCGUUUCAUCCAACAAAAUGUGCGAUCUGACAAUCGCAGCUAUGAUGGAGACCGUAACUUCGGCGGAGGUCGAGGAAGAGGAUAUGAUGGUAGAGGAGCUGGCUACCAAGGAGGUGGUUACAAUCGUGGUGGUUAUGGUGGAGGACAGAAUGGAAUGUAUGCGGGU